UUGUUUUUAUGGUCAUGUGAUCAAAACUCAAAACAUAUAAAAAGGAUUUGAUAUUUGAAAUUCAGAUUCAGAGCUCUGCAGUUUUUUAUCUUCAACCCACACCAAGAUGUGUACUCUAGAGAAGCGAGGUUCUCUCUUCGUUCUCACCCUCACCGGCAACGACGAGCACCGCCUCAAUCCCACCCUCAUCACCUCCCUCCUCUCCACCCUCUCCCAAAUCCGCUCUCAGGCCACCCCUGGCUCCGUCCUCAUCACCACUGCCCACGGCAGAUUCUUCUCCAACGGUUUCGAUCUCACCUGGGCCCAAUCCGCUGGCUCUCCUUCCGGUGCGGACCGGCUCCACCAUAUGGUCGAUUCCUUCAAGCCGGUCAUCGUGGCGCUGAUCUCCCUCCCGAUGCCCACAAUCGCUGCACUCCCCGGCCAUGCAGCCGGCGCCGGUCUCAUGCUCGCGAUCAGUUACGACUAUAUUCUUAUGAGGGGCGACAAAGGCGUUCUGUACAUGCCAGAGAUCGACAUGGGGACGACGCUUCCUGAUUACUUCUCCGUUGGGAUGAGAUCGAAGAUCCGGUCAUCGGCCGCCAUGCGCGAAUUGUUGAGAGGUGUGAAGGUGAAAGCGGCGGAGGCUAUGAAGAUGGGGAUUGUGAAUUCGGCGCACGAUAGCGCAGAGAGCGUGAUGGAGGCUUCGCGCCUAGGGGAAGAGUUAGCACAGAGGAAAUGGAACGGUGAAGUGUAUGCAGAGAUAAGGAAGAGCUUGUAUCCAGAGAUGUGUGAGGUUCUGGGAUUGACUCAUAAGGUCAUCGUAUCGAAGAUCUGAAUGUGAUUACCAUUUUAAUUAGUGAUUAAUGAUUAAUUAAUCCAAUGAUAUGUUCCCCCACAACCUGCCGUUGCCCGUAUGAGGUAUUAUAGUUGUAUA